AUGCGUGGUUGCAAUUGUGUGGCAUGUCUGACGACGGUCGGUGUUUGUCGAUCUUUGUCGAGCGCAUCACAGAGUAAAUACGAUGAGUUGAAAGCGCAGAAAGAUCAGGGAAGUAAGCAGCAGGGUGACAGAGGCGAUGGCGUCCCCGGUUGUGAGCUCAGCGACGGCCGCAUUCGACCACCGGCUAUCGUCUGCCGUUCAGCGAUAUUACGACAAUCCGAAACCAACCAGGCAAAAAGGCAGAUCCACCCACCCUCACUACCUCGUCGUCGUCACUUCACUCGCGCCAUCAGCUGGAUGAUCGGUCGGCACGCAACAAAGGAUUGA